AUGUCAGACACUGAGGAAAUAGUGGAGGAGUACGAGCAGGAGGAGGAAGAAGUUGAAGAAGAAGAAGAAGAAGAAGAAGAAGAAGAAGAGGAGCCAGAGGAGGAUGAAGCAGAGAAGACAGAAAAGCAGGCAGAGGAGGAGGACUCCAAGUGGCGGCCCAAGACCACUUAUGUGCCAAACAUCGCUCCUCCGAAGCUCCCCGAUGGCGAGAAGGUGGACUUCGACGACCUGCACCGCAAGCGACUGGAAAAGGAUUUCAACGACCUGCAGACGCUGAUCGAGUCGCACUUCUCCACGCGCCACAAAGAGGAGGAAGAGCUGGUCGCGCUGCGCAGCCGCAUCGAGAACCGCCGCUCCGACCGAGCGGAGCAGCAGCGCGUGCGCGCCGAGCAGGAACGCGAGCGGCAAACGCGUCUGGCCGUGGAGAGGACGCGGCGCGAGGAGGAGGCGGCCAAGCUGCGCGCGGACGAGGAGGCGAAGAAGAAGAAGACCUUCACCAACAAGUCGUUCGGCGGCUACCUGCAGAAGGUGGACCAGAAGAAGGGCAAGAAGCUGACCGCGCGCGAGGAGAAGAAGAAGGCGCUGAUGGACCGCCGGAAGCCGCUCAACAUCGACCACCUGAACCAGGAGAAGCUGGCGGACAAGGCGCAGGACCUGUGGCAGUGGCUCCACCAGCUGCACGCGCAGAAGUUUGAGAUGGCCGAGAAGCUCAAGAGGCAGAAGUACGACAUCUACGUGCUGCGGAACCGAGUGAGCGACCACCAGAGGGGCUCCAAAGCAUCCAAGACCUCCCGCGGGGCCAAGGGCAAGUCCGGCUCCUGGAAGUGA